GCGUUAGCUCUCCACACCGCCCGCCUCCAAGCCCUCCGGCGCGGCCUGGUCUCCGCCCUUGCCAAUCGGCACCUUCCACUCUUCGGGUAGGACCAAUUAGCGGCUGCUGGGGCCCGGGGCGGUCGCCAUGGCAGCAAGGAGGCGGGAGCGCGCGGUGGGUAGAAGUACAGAGCAGAGCUGCCGGCUGGGGGCUGGAGAGAUGAUGUGGAGGACCAUCCUACUACAAUACUGUUUUCUCUUGGUUACAUGUAUACUUACUGCUCUUGAAGCUGUGCCUAUAGACAUAGACAAGACAAAAGUAGAAAAUGCUCAACCUGUGGACAGUGCAAAGAUAGAACCACCAGAUACUGGACUUUAUUAUGAUGAAUACCUCAAGCAAGUGAUUGAUGUGCUGGAAACAGAUAAUCAUUUCAGAGAAAAGCUCCAGAAAGCAGACAUAGAGGAAAUAAAGAGUGGGAGGCUAAGCAAAGAACUGGAUUUAGUAAGUCACCAUGUGAGGACAAAACUUGAUGAACUGAAAAGGCAAGAAGUGGCAAGAUUAAGAAUGCUGAUUAAAGCUAAAUUGGAUUCCCUUCAAGAUACAGGCAUAGACCACCAUGCUCUUCUAAAACAAUUUGAUCAUCUAAAUCACCUGAAUCCUGAGAAGUUUGAAUCUACAGAUUUAGAUAUGCUAAUCAAAGCGGCUACAAGUGAUCUGGAACACUAUGAUAAAGCUCGACAUGAAGAAUUUAAAAAAUAUGAAAUGAUGAAAGAACAUGAAAGGAGAGAAUAUUUAAAAACACUGAAUGAAGAAAAGAGAAAAGAAGAAGAAUCUAAAUUUGAGGAAAUGAAGAGAAAGCAUGAAAGUCAUCCCAAAGUUAAUCAUCCAGGAAGCAAAGAUCAACUAAAAGAAGUGUGGGAAGAGACUGAUGGAUUGGAUCCUAAUGACUUUGACCCCAAGACAUUUUUCAAAUUACAUGAUGUCAAUAGUGAUGGCUUCCUAGAUGAACAAGAAUUAGAAGCCCUAUUUACUAAAGAGUUGGAGAAAGUAUAUGACCCCAAAAAUGAAGAGGAUGAUAUGGUAGAAAUGGAGGAAGAAAGGCUUAGAAUGAGGGAACAUGUAAUGAAUGAGGUUGAUACUAACAAAGACCGAUUGGUGACUCUAGAAGAGUUUUUGAAAGCUACAGAAAAAAAGGAAUUCUUGGAGCCAGACAGCUGGGAGACAUUGGAUCAACAACAGUUCUUCACAGAGGAAGAACUGAAGGAAUAUGAAAAUCUUAUCUCCAUACAAGAAACUGAACUUAAGAAAAAGGCAGAUGAGCUUCAGAAACAAAAAGAAGAGCUACAACGUCAGCAUGACCAACUUGAGGCUCAGAAGCUGGAAUACCAUCAGGUUUUACAGCAGAUGGAACAAAAAAAAUUACAACAAGAAAUUUCCCCAUCAGUGCCUGGUGGAGAAUCAAAGAUCCAGCCACAUGUUUAAGGAUUGAAGUCUACCAGAACCAGGAAGGAAACAAACUCAAUACCUGCUCUCAUUUUCAUACCUCUUUUCUUUUUCCUUUGUUCUCCUUUAGUGAUUUAAUUAAGUGGCUUUAUGCCAUAAUUUAAUGAAACUAUUAGUACCUAUUUAAGUGAGAAAGCGCCACCCACUGCUUUUAAAAUAAAUUGUUUUCUCUUAUUCGUAAAGGUAAAUACUCUUUUAUGGGUGCUUAUCAUCCCCUCUCUCAAUAAAAGCUCUUUGAUAUUAAUAAUUCUUCUCCUGAGAAGACCAUAGUAUUCCCCAGUGUGUGUUGGUAACUUUUUCCUACUUUCAGCAAUCUUAACUGCUAGAAAUUCUUCAACCAAACAGCUCUUGCUACCACUUAAGUUCAUUUUUCAUUUACAAUUUUGCUUUAUACUCUAUCAUUCAAGAUCAGGUUUUGCUACAUAUAACAGAAAACCCAAAGAUAAUGGUGGUUUAAACUGAAUAAGAACUUCUGCCUUUUACAUAGAAGAAAUCUGGAAGUAGGUGAUGUACAGGUUCCUAUCUUUCUCCUCUGCUCUCCCCAGUGCAUAGUUUUUAUUCUCGAGUUAUUUCAUUCUCAGGGUCCAAGAUGGCUCUUGGACGCAGUGGGGAAGGGCAACAAAAGGAAUGUCCCCCAGUUGAAUCAGCUUCCUUGAUGCAGUUUUCCCAGAGAACCACAUAGCAUUUGAAUUUACAUCUCAUUGGCCAGAGCUGUGUCACAUGGCCAUCUAGCUGCUAGGGAAGCUGAGAAAUCCAUUUGGCAAUGGGACAGGCUAAAAGUUAGGAUUCUUUUAGGAAGGUUUCCCUUUAAGAAGGGAAGAGGGAAUGUUUGGUAGGCAACUUACAGCUUUAAUUUA